AAUGAAAAAAAGAAAAUAUGAACAAGUAGCAUUUUCUGUAGAUAUCACUGUUGUCAUUUAGUUCUUUUUUUGUUAGGAGAUUUCUGUAGACACCUAUUUUCUGUCCCGGUUUGAUGAGGUGAUCUUCCGCGGGAAAACAAAAAAAAUAAAUAGAGAUGACAGCGGCUGUGUUCAAUGAGCAAGUGUCAGUAAUAAAUAAGAAUGUUUCCAGAGUUUAUUGCACUGUACACUCACCAGAAAACAAAGAAGGCAAAGACAUGGCAAGAUGGAGUUUUAAAGAUAAGCAUUGAUGGAAAUAAGGCAACAUUAUUUGACGAGAAAGGACAGAAACUGGAUGCUGUGUAUCUCAGAGGUCAAAAGGUAAAACCAGGAGAUGAUUUGGAAAGUGACAGAUAUUUGAUCACGGUGGAGGAAGAGAAAAUAACUGAGAACAGCUCCCCUGACCAGCAUGGGCCCAAAGAGAUUUCUGAACAAAACGGAAGGCUCUAUCCUCCAGUAACUAUGAGGCAAAAUCUACCUGUGGGAUUGAAAAGAAAAUAUACUGGAUACCGGGGUCCACGCCAAAUUCAGAAGAAACCAGCAACUGAGGAAAAUGAAGUGUCAAGUCUCAAAUUUCAGCAUAACCUCUCAUCCAGUUUAUUGUAUAACACCUCACCUUUGUUUUCUAUCAAAACUCCUACCACUUUGGCCACAGGUUUUCAUGACAGUACCUUUAGUGCGAAUGUAAAACAUGAGCAAUUGGAACAGAAUCUCUCAGUCCCCUCCUUACCUGCACCCAUAGUUGUGUCUUUACAUCAAAAAACAAACAAUAAACAGAGACACUAUGAUUAUACUGAGUCUAGACACCAACCAUCUAAUGACUUAUUAUCAGACCAAGACAACACUCCAGGAGUUACCCAAAUAACAGAUGGAAACUAUCAGCCCACCCAUACAAUAUCUAAAGGCAUAAGAAGCAAAGCACAGAUUUUAGCACUACUUAGAUCCAACGCAUCAAAUGUUACAGCUUUGAAAACUUCUAAUACUGGCCAACACCAGCCUUUAAAAGAUACAUCUGGUUCUGCAGCGUUUUGUAAUCAAAACAGUCGACUUCUAGCUCAGGAUACCCACUCAACUGAUUUGGACCAAGUGACACAGAAAACUACAAAUACCAUUGUUACAAGCAAUUUGGAUGACACAAGCUGCUGGAAUUCCUCUUUUCUAGAAGUCUCAACUGAACAGGAACAUGAAGGAAAUGACCAAGAAAACACUGUGCAAGGUGAACAAAAGCCAUCUUGCGAUCUCACUAGUCACAAUGACAAUACUCUUGUUCAGGCUCCUGCCCAGUCUUUAACAGAGAAUAGAUUUAAACAACCAGAGGGUUAUUAUAAUGCAAUUCUACGUAGAAGUCGUUGGGAAUCAUUUUUGCCAGACAAGAAACAAGACAAUGAGGAAUGCUUAUCUCCAGAUCAUGAACCUUUGGGAAAUGACAUGUCUGUUUUUCAAACCUCAGCUCCACCACCUCUUGAUCAUCCUAAGGAGGACUCAGAGGAACUGGCUACAAUAGAACUCAUUGAGAAAAACAUUUGUCCUACACAAGGGCACUCAUACAAUAAUACAACUGAGAAUGUAUUAACACAAGAUAAUAAAUUAGAGAAGCCAGUCCUUUUGGAAAUGUCAGAAAUGCAAGGCACUGAGUCUAAAGAGUGUUUUGAAGGUGUGUCAAGUUCAGCUACAUCUUGCAGUCCAGGCAAGGAAGACCUCCUUUGUCUAAACUUCAGUCUUCUGGAUGACUUUGACCUGGAUAAUAUGGAAGAAGAUGAAGUGCAGGAAAGUUUGCUUUGUAGAGUGUUAGCAGAUGGAGAUGGAGGAUCUAAAUCUCAAGAAUAUGAAGAGAAGAGGUCAGGGGUAAUAGAGGAAAAGGUUCUGUCUGAUCCAUAUAAAUGGGUUGACGAUGUGUCUGUAGGAGAUGAGCAGAUAGCUGAGAUUAAAUUAGUUAGUAAUGUCACUAUGGGUGACUGUCAUGCAAAAAAUACAGUUGGUCUGAGAGAUCCACUGGUUCUUCCACCUACACCUGCCACAGUUGCUAAAAUCGCAAGCCAUUCAUUGGAUUUUAGCGAUUCAGAAGUGAAGUGCCAUGAAAGUGAAGAAAAUGAAAGACUUUCUCAACAUUUUGAGAACAUUGCUGUCGCCACCGAUGAGUUCAGCACGUGCCUUAAAGCAGACAAUCAGAUGAAAAGUGGGCAAGAUAGUCCAUAUAAAAAGGAUAUUCAUCCAUCCCAAGAAAAUAAUGGAGAAGAGGAUAUCUCUGAUAUAGGUAUUGAAGAAUGGCCUGCAAACUGGAGUGAUGUGGAACAACAUUACAAAAACUCAGUGGUCCAAGCAACGACUUUAGAUAGGCUUUCUGCUACACCUAGCACCUUACGGACUCCUGAGAAUCAAGAAAGCACAGGGGAUAUAUAUUGGAACGAAGCUGACAUCAACAACUGCUCGCCUUCAGUUCAAAGUUCCAAUGAAGAAAGGAGUCAUUUAACUAUAGUUAAUAAAACUGAAAGACCUCCAGAAUACAUGCUGCAGAAACUGUCUUCUUGUUUACAGGAACAGUUUUCAGAUCAGCCAGUUGAAAUGAGGGAACCUUUAAUAACCAAAUCAGUUUUAAUACAUCCAGAAUACAAGGGCAGCAGAGGGGCUGGAUACAAUGCUAAUGCUUCACCAAAGCUCUCUGUUAAUGGACAUGAUCAUCUUUCACUUUUAAAAACUCUUUCUGAACACAGCACCGCAUUGGAAAGCCUAGAAAUGUUCAGAUCUCCAGAUAGAGAGUUCAGGAUUCAAAGGCAAAUCAAGGAACAGUUAUGCAGCUCUGUUAUGAUUGAUGCAGAUGAGACACAGGAAUUGAUGCAAAUGACACAAAAAUUGUCUCCAUUUCAUGAAGCACCUGCAGAAAAGCAUAUGCUUGUGUUGCAUGAGGAAAGCAGUAUGAGUGACUGGAAUAAAGCAUGUAACUCAAGAAUGCAAACUAAGCCCUUGCAACUAGCUGAGUUUAGAGGGCACCAGGUAAUGGGAUCUGCAGCUAGUGACAUAGUGAUCAGGAUGCCACAGGAUCCCUUUGAGUCUGAGGAAGAGGGCUAUUGUAGAGUCUCUGAUGAGGAUCAGUUUAUAUUAUCACCAUUUUCAUGCAGAGGUCCUUCCCCCAAUGAAUUUUUUAAGUUCACAGGUUCUCAAGAAGUGGAAUUUUGGUCUGAAGAAGGCUGGGACAAUAAUGCGAGUAUUCGUUUUGCUGGGAGUACCAGUUACCCAAGAAUAGAAGAGUUGAUUCCACAGUCAAAAGCCCCAAGCUGGCUUUCUUGUUCCGCAGACUCUGAUUUUGAAUCAACACAGUGGUCAUCUUGGGAACCACACAAGAUCAUGUCACCAGCACAGAUGGUGCCUUCACUGAGUCCAGUACCAGGGUCUUUGUUUGGGUUACUCUGCUCUUAUGAAGAGGGUCAAGGGCAAGUAACCAAUGAUUCUUUAAUCCAAAGAGCACCGUUGAGCAUUGCAGGUUCCAGCAUGGGUAGCAGUGUGUCAACAGGUUCAAGAAACAGUAGGGAUGCUGGAACCAAUUCUGCGUUCAGACUGAGAGCCCCGAUAGUCACUGCUCCAUUGGCAGCGAGUAGUGUUGAAGUACCUCCUGAGUCGGAUGUCUUUUCAGAUGUAAAUGAGUGCAACGAGGUUGAACAGCGCUCUGCAAUUUCCUCCUUGAACAGCUUCCACAAGCACUCACCUAGCCUUUCUCUUGGCAGAGUCAGGCCUGGGGACAUAAAAAGCAAAAAUGCCUUCUGCAAAGAGACCAUUGAAGCAAGCACACAGGAACCUACAUUGUCAACAAUAUGCAAUGUGACUUCCCAGGGCAGACAAAGUAAAUGGCUGAAGUAUCAAAACACUUCUCAAUCUGAUCGAAUUGCUCAAAACAGAGGUGAAUGGUGUGGAACGGCACAGGAUGGGAGUGGGGAGAGAAAGGAGGCUGUGAUGCAGAGAAGCGCUGCUGCGGAUUGUCUUAGCAUCCACCAGAUAAAGGAGACACUCGUUAAACAGCAGAGACCUGUUAACGGACAAGGUGUAAUUGCAGGGAAACAGAUCCAUUCCCUAAAUUCAGGCCCCACAUACCCAGAGUGUAAGCAGCAGGGUGCCUCAAGAGCACAGAGGGGGCCCAGUGUUUCUCGAGAUUCUCAGAACAUUGCUAUUGCUGAGCUAUCCUUUCCCCAAGAAAAUGUUGUGAAAGAUGUCAGUCUUCCGAAGAGAGAGAUUCAUAUACCAGUUGUCUUCCAGUCACAUGCCCAUUACAAACAAGUAUUUACAGCAGCACUGACAGAACACCUCAAUAUCCUGCUGUUUGACCUCUCUCAGAGUCUUCACAGAGCUUUGUCAAAAGUCGAUAUAUCCUCGUAUACCUCAGUGAAACCAGGCAGAGAGGACAAGCAGGACAGCUUUGUUCCUUUCUGUCAGCACCAACAGCCUUCCAAACUGGUCAUGGUAAAGAAGGAGGGUAAGAACAAGGGUAGAUUCUUCUACACUUGCGAUGCUUCAAACAAAGAUAAGUGCAGUUUUUUUAAAUGGUUCAAUGAGGUGAAACCAGGCAGUUCAUUGAAAGUUGGAGAGUCGCAGGCUAAAAUGAUGCUGUCCGAUGUGAACAGUAUGUCAGCCUACAUCAGAAGCCAGCAUAUACCAUUGUACAGUCAGUGCCAUCUUAUGGUGAGGAAAUCCUUUGAUUUUCAAAGAAAGCAGUUCUACAAAGGAAAAUUUAAAAACCAUAGACAUGACGUUUCAGAGUUGACUGAAGUGAAACCCAGACUUUAUCUCAGGCUAAGCAGGAAAGAGAACUCUUCAAGUUACAGCAAAGAUGAUCUCUGGGUUGUAUCAAAAACACUGUUGUUUGACCCCUUGGACACUUUUAUUGGCUGUAGCGCUUUCUUUGGACCAUCCUCAAGCAAUGAAUUGGAGCUUGUGCCUCUAAAAGGAUACUUUACAUCAAACUGGCCCUCAGACAUGGUUGUUCAUGCAUUACAUGUUUGUAAUGCCAGCACUGAACUGACAUCCCUAAGAAACCUGCAAGAACACUUUAACCCAGCCUCACUACCUCUUAUGCCUCGCUUAUUAAAAAUGCCAGAUACCAAUAACAGUGCAGAUCAGCUGUGCAGACAGAGGAGAGGAUUUGUGCCUCCUGCCAUCACUCCUCGUCCUGCAGAGAGUUCUGGACUCCUGAGUUCAGGCAGAGCACCUGAUCUGGCCGCGGAGAUGAUAGACAGCUACCAUUUAAACACAGACCAAGCAGCCGUUCUCUCUCAGAUUGCCAAGAUGAUGGAAGGGAAUAACAAUCCAGACAAUUGCAGUGGGCAGGACUUGCUGCCUAUAACAAUUGUACAUGGAGUCUUUGGAUCUGGGAAGAGUUACUUGCUGGCAGUGAUUGUUCUCUUCCUGGUGCGUCUUUUUGCUGAAAUCAAGGCUGCUGAUGGCCCAAGACGGACUUUGUGGAAACUUCUCAUCUCUUCCUCUACUAACGUAGCUGUUGACAGAGUACUUCUUGGCCUUCUAGAUCUUGGGUUUGAUAGAUUCAUCAGAGUUGGAAGUGUAAGGAAAAUUGCCAGACCUAUCUUACCACACAGUCUGCAUGCAGGGAGUGACAGUGAGCAGCUGCGGGAGCUGCAGACCCUUCUGAGAGGGGACCUGAGCAACAUAGAGAAGGCUUAUGUGAGGAAGAGUAUUGAACAGCACAAACUGGGCAGAAACAAAGGGCUGCUAAAGGAGGUACAGGUGGUAGGAGCCACCUGUGCAGCAUGCACAUUUCCUUGUAUGAAUAACCUGACAUUCCCUGUGGUCCUUUUGGAUGAGUGCAGUCAAAUAACAGAGCCAGCCUCUCUGCAGCCUAUUGCAAGGUUUGGAUGUGAGAAGCUGGUACUUGUUGGUGAUCCAAAGCAGCUGCCUCCCACCAUCCAGGGAUCUGAAGGUGCUCAUGAAGCUGGAAUGGAACAAACUCUGUUUGACCGCCUGUGUUUGAUGGGAUAUAAACCUGUUCUGUUGAGGACUCAGUACAGAUGCCAUCCUGCAAUCAGUGCAAUAGCCAACAAACUUUUCUAUGAUGGCGCUCUCAUUGAUGGUAUCACAGAUUCAGAUCGAAGCCCUCUGCUGGAUUGGUUACCAACUGUAUGUUUCUACAGUGUUAAAGGAACAGAGCAGAUACAAAACGAUGGCAGUUUUCACAAUAUUGAAGAAGCUGUCUUUACUCUUAAGCUUAUCCAGAGUUUGAUUGCCAGUGGAAUAGAGGGGUCGAUGAUUGGAGUGAUUACAUUAUACAAGUCUCAAAUGUACAAGCUUUCUAACUUACUGCACAGCGAUACAUACUGUGACCACAGUGAGGUUAAACAUGUCCAGGUGUCCACAGUGGAUGCUUUUCAAGGAGCAGAAAAGGAGAUCAUUGUUUUGUCCUGUGUCAGGACCAAACAAGUAGGGUUUAUAGACUCUGAGAAGAGAAUGAAUGUGGCACUGACCAGAGGGAAGAGGCACCUGUUGAUAGUGGGAAACCUGCACUGCCUUCGCAAGAACAAGCUUUGGGAAAGGGUGAUUUGCCACUGUGAAGGUAGAGACAGUGGAUUACAGCAUUCUUACCAACUUGAGGGGCAGCUAGACAGCAUCAUGAAAGCUUACCUGGACAAGAAGAAUGAAGAAAGGGGGAAUACUAAAGCAAAGAAGGGUCCCAAAACCAAAAAACGAAAUGAGGUAACAUCUGGUAGCCCAGUGGAUCUAACAAGAAGUUUACCAGAAACACAAGAUCAAAAUGAAAACAAACCCAGUUUUUACUUGGAGAAUGAGAAGUUUUCAACACAGGAUGAGAAGAAAAACAGAAAAUAUAAAGAGAUUUUUAACACUGGGAGCUGUGUUGAAUCGCUGUCAGGUCUGGACUGUGAUGAGGACCUUUGGGAUGAAAAUGUUUUUUUAACUUGAGGGGACUGCUAUAUGACUACCCACAUCCAAGACAUGCAUGUAACAUUUAAGAACUGAACUGUACACAAAAGUCAGAAACCGAUUUCUGCAGUGCUAGAGGAAUACAAAAAAAAACAAAAAAAAACACGGAAGUUAUUGAUAUUGGUAGGCUUUUGUUUUUGCCCCUUCUGUCUUUCUGUCUUCGUUUUAUUAUUAUAACAACCCUGUGCCUUAAUCCACCUAUCCUUUAUUGUGUUAUAAAUCCUGUAUUCUUAAUGUAUACAUUCUACUGCUUAGUGGUUUACCCAUUUAUGUUUGAUAUGAUAAUAUACAUGUAAAUAUUAAAUAAAAUGGUUCUUUAUGUCGCUGUUAAAUAUUUUAAAUUGUGUAAAAUGUCUCUGAGUUUUGACUAGACUAUGAAGCUGUAAUACAAGGCAACAUAUUUAGCAAUUGUGCAUAAGUUACCGGUAUGCAUACUACCUCUUCCUGACUGCUGAGUAAUGCAUGACUUUAACUCACCAGCAGCGUAUAUUGCUUAUUUAUUAUAGCAAUGCGUACCAAUGAAAGUAACCCUGAAGUCGCUUCCCUACUGGUAAUGGACGGACUACCCUUCUAAUAUAAUCAUAUGCAUUAUGUGGCCAGUAGAUGGAGCAAAAGAAUAGCUCAGGCCGUUCCUGCCUACAAAAACCCAUGAUAUGGUAAUGUCAAUAAAAUACUACAACAAAAAUACCUAACGAUAUAGUAAAUGU